GGAUUUUUCUGGAUCUCCAAACUCUUUUUCCUGGAGGAUUUUUCCCGGAGGAUUUUUCCUCAUCUCCCAACUCUUCCCAAAGAUCCCUUUUUCCCCUCUGAGCUUUCCUCCGGCGUGGCCGCCUCCACCUGGUGACAACCUGGUGACAACCUGGUGACAACCUGGUGACAACAGCCUGACCAAAGUCCUCCACCACCUCCCCGCAGCGCUUUUAUCCCUGUCCUUUCCAGGGAUGCUCCCCAAAAAACCCUUCGACGGCCCCACCGCCCCUUACGGACCACCCCCUCCAGCAUUUGGGCCACCACCGCCGGGAUUCGGGCCAGCGACCGGCGAUUUCGGCUACGACUUCACCUCCCGCUCGCCACCGCCGGGCUCCUACUACGUGGAGGACGUUCCCCAACAUUUCUACAAGUGGUGGUCGCCGCCGGGGCUGGUGCGGGCGCUGGAGGCCGCGGUGAUGCUGCUCUGCGUCGCCGUCUUCGCCUGCGUGGCCUCCACGCUGGCCUGGGAAUACGGCUACGGCUACGGUGGCUACGGGAACGGCCUGGGAGGCUUCUACGGCUCCGGUUAUUACGGCGGAGGGGUGAAUUACGGUUACGGGUACGGUUAUUACGGCGGUGUCACCAACCCGCGGACGGCCAACGGUUUCAUGAUGGCCAUGGCGGUGCUCUGCUUCCUGGCCCAGCUGGGAUUUCUGGUGGCCGGUUUGAGCAGGUCCGGCGGGUCGAGGUCGCGCCGGUUCUACCUGGCGGUGCUGGUGGCCAGCGCGGUGCUGGCGUUGGUGAUGUUGGUGGCCAGCAUCGUCUACGUGGUGGGGGUGAACCCGCAGGCGCAGAUGAGCGGCGGGGGCUACUACUACAGCCCGCUGCUGGCC